GUGGGCUUGUGUUCUCUGAUAUCAAUUGUGUAACUGCAGUCAGCAGCUUGUUUGUCCACAGAGCUGAAUCAUUAAUUAAUCAGUCAUCUGUCCUGUCAAGAAUGCAGUUGUGUCACAAGUCUAGCACCUGCCCAUCGAAGUGCACAGCAGCUAACGUCUCUGUCUACAAUAUUUAAACCUUGAUGAGUGUCAGUAGCUCCAUUUACAAACAAAUAGUGGCUUAAAGAGGCCCCAAUCAAUGUAAGUUGAUAUUUAACUGUUUGCUGAGCAGAUGCCAAUCUUUUACUCCCAGGAAUUCUGCCAUCCACAGUCACUUAGUCGCUCCUUUUUUGGACAAGGCAGCACGUUUUUUCUAAUUUAAUUUGAAGGUAAGAUCAAGCUUAUUAUUAUGAACUUUUGCUGAAGAGCUGCUUAUUUGAAUUAUUUGAAAACUUAGUAGAAAACGGUAACUACGACUUAGUUAUUGGUGGAUUUGUCGUGUUUGUGUUUGUUCGACACUAGGUAGUAUGGCUCUUUAGCAGUCUAUUUGUUUUUUGCAUGUUUUUACAUUUAAACAUUUUGUUGAUUUGAAUACAUCAUUUUGACUCUACAGCACACCUACUGUGUAUUUGACUGUUUUUACCAACACAAACAUAUCUUCUGUCCAUCAAAAAGCAUCAGCUGUAAUAACUUUCCUUUAAACAACAAAUAUGCAAUAUGAGAAGAUGGCUUUAGAUAACUUGUAUAUCAAUUAAAAACACAUAACAUGCACUUUGGCGACUCAUAUCUUGAUGCACUUUUUAAAGAAUCUUUAACGCUGCUGUCAUGUUUUAGGCAAUUUUCCAGAUGAUCUAAGUUCCUCUAAAAGAGUGGGCGACUAAGUGGAGUGACAAAGAUUUAAACCUGCAUAAACUAUAUCAAGAAACUACAUAAAAAAGCUGCAGUGUAAGAACAUGGACUUUCGUCUGACACUCCUGUUGAUCGGUCUUUGCAGCCGAGGAGUCACUAAUGGUGAGGUCGCAGACAAUGAGUCAAUUCCUCUGGUGCCUCUCAUUCCUCUGAUGCCCAGUCGCCCCAUAGAGCAGGUAGAAAAUGAAACUACAGCACAACCAGAAAUUGCAUCCCCAACAGAAGAACCUUUCUCUGCAACUUCGCCCAACGGGGGCUCAUCAGCGGAGGAAGAUGAUGAAGGUUGUCCGUCCAUCAGCCGAAGAUCACAGUCUAGGGAGGCCAUCGCUGCUGCCAUUCAGAAAUUAGGAGUGCAGCUGCUGCAGAACCUGGAGACAACACCAGAGCAGCCAAAUGUCAUUAUAUCUCCUUUUAGCAUAGCAUUAGCACUCUCCCAACUGGCUUUAGGUGCAGUAAAUGAGACACAUGAGAUGCUGAUGCAUCACCUUCAUGGAAACACUCUCACCUGUUACCACGAGUCUCUGCAUCAUAUCUUAUCUCAUCUCAGAAAUAACCUGCAAAUUGCCACCCGGAUCUUCCUGCGUCAAGGUUUCGAGCCAAAGCAACAGUUUGCCAAUGAAUCCCAGCGGUUAUAUGACUCAGAGCCUGCAGUCUUGGAGAGCCUGGAGCAGAUAAACACUUGGGUAGAAGAAGCAACGAAUGGAAGGAUGACUGACUUCUUGUCUGCUUUACCACCCAAUCUGCUGGUCAUGCUCAUUAAUGCUGUCCAUUUCAAAGGCGAGUGGAGAGCCCGAUUUGAUCCCCGUUUUACCUCCAGAGGUGUUUUCUACCUUGACGACAAGAGCAUGGUUGAUGUUGAAGUGAUGGAAGAUGCCAAACAUCCCCUGAGUUUAUUUAUUGAUAAUGAACUGGAUGCUCAGGUUGCAAGCUUCCCAUUCCAAAAGUCCAUGAGCCUCCUGGUGGUCAUGCCCAUGACUGGCCAGGUGAACAUGUCUUCUCUUACUGCAAAGCUGAAUGUCUCUGACCUGUAUAACCGCCUACCAAAGCAGAGAGCCGUCCAGGUUAAAGUCCCCAAAUUCAAACUGGAGUAUGGCCAAGAGCUACAGGAUGUUUUUACCAAAUUGGGCCUCGGAGAAAUGUUUUCCAGUCCAAACUUGGCUGACAUGGCAGACGGCCCCCUGCUGGUGUCCAGUGUGAUGCAUAAGUCCAGCAUGGAGAUAAAUGAAGAGGGUGCAGAGGCUGCUGCUGCAACUACUGUUGUGAUCUCAAGAGCGUCCAACCCUGUUUUCCACCUCACCCAACCCUUCUUUUUUGCACUUAUUGAUGAAAAGACUCAAGUGCCGAUCUUCAUGGGUGUCAUCAACAACCCGAAUCCUGGAGCCCCCAUCUUGGAGAGAGGAGAUCCCGGAAACAAAGAUAAAGUGGGAUUCCCGAUUGAUAAGAGUCAAGUUGGCACAUUUGGAGGCCCACCUAAGUAGGGACUAUUAACUGCUCUGCUGUACCAGAGAAAACCCAGACCAAGACCUCUUUGAUUGUACAGAAGAAAUGUACAGUAUCACUGGAACAAAAAUUUGAAAAACCCAAA